UGUCCGUCACGCAAAUCUGUCCGUCAAGUCCUCCCCUCUGACACAGAUCAGAAGUCUAUCUACUCGCUCGUUCAUUCCCAAAAUAUGUUCGCUUUCUUUACUCUUACUUUCUCUUGAACAGUAAACUGACUGUUUUUACUUUGAUGAGCUAACCCUUCGUUCGCCUGAAAUGGAACUAAACUGAAAAUUAGCAUUUACAGUGUUUUUGAAGAGAGCGGUAACGUAAACUCGUGAUGGCUUCGCUGAUAUUUGCUCAGGCCGUUUGUCAGCAUGGACCCUGAAAGCGACGUGUUGAUGAAGGAAUCCAUCAAGAUGAUGACCGAUCUGAUUGUGCUGUGCGUCACGUUGGCACUGUCCCUCUUCUUCUGGGUCCUCUCACUCGUCCUCAACUCCUUCUACGGUACGCUGCAGCCCGUGUCGCCAUGGCGAUGGCUGUUCUCCAUCUUGGUUCCCCUCAUAGUGACGGUCCGAGCCUUGAAUAGAAGAAGUCUGGAUCGAUCCGGAGCUCUAGGAGCCCUCCUGGUGGGAUUCGCGCUGACGAUGGCCAACUACAGCUUCUUCUCGGCUCUGCUGGCCUUCUUCAUCACCUCCUCCAGACUGACCCGCUGGGGAGGAGCGCAGAAGAAGAAAAUAGACGCCGAGUACAAAGAAGGAGGCCAGAGGAACUGGGUUCAGGUCUUCUGUAACGGAGGAGUUCCCACAGAGCUGGCACUGCUCUACAUGAUCGAGGUGGGUCCAGGUGAGAUCCCCAUCGACUUCAGCAAACAGUACUCGGCCUCCUGGAUGUGUUUGUCUCUACUGGGCGCGCUCGCCUGCAGCACCGGUGACACCUGGGCAUCGGAGGUGGGGCCAGUCCUCAGCCAAUCACAGCCCAGACUCAUCACCACCUGGGAGGAAGUUCCAGCAGGAACCAAUGGAGGAGUUACUCCCGUUGGAUUGGUCGCCAGCUUCCUGGGUGGGGCGGCGGUGGGUGUGGCCUACUUCGUGACUCAGCUGCUGACGGUGGGCGACCUUCACCUGGCCGACCCCCAGUGGCCCAUCGUGGUUUACGGAGGCAUCGCCGGCCUGCUGGGCUCCAUGCUGGACUCUUUCCUGGGAGCUCAUUUACAGUAUUCAGGCUUUGACUCGAGCAUCGGGAAGGUGGUGAGCUACGAGUCGGCAACCACCCGGCGGAUCUGCGGGAAACCGAUCCUGGACAACAACGCCGUCAACCUGUUCUCCUCCGUCCUCAUCGCGCUCAUCCUGCCUGGGAUGGCAUGGGGGGUUUGGCCUCGGUAGACCGACGACAGAUUGGAGACCGAUGACGAAUGGAAGACCAGCCGGUCACAAUUAAACAACACUCUAAAGACUCUCUGGUUGUGUUACUACCUGUUGGACAAGUUGAGAUUAUGAGAAACUGCCUCUGAGCAUCAAAGGUAUAAAAGAAAAGAAAAUAAAAGCUCAUUGAUGGAAAAGCUUUUGCAGUGUUUCAUACAUUCAGUAAACGACUACUUGACAAAAAAUGCUUUGGACUUUGACGAAUUGUUGAGAAGUUUUUUGUAAUUGUUUUUAAAGCUUGAUUCUGGUAUUUUUAAACUCAUUUUCUCCAUCUUUUUGGGUCAGAACGAUUAAUAGGAACUAUCCAUUCAUUCUCUGUACACCGCUUUAUCCUCACUAGGGUCGCGGGGGGUGCUGGAGUCUAUCCCAGCUGACUCGGGCGAAGGCAGGGGACACCCUGGACAGGUCACCAGUCUGUCACAGGGCUACAUAUACAGACAAACAAUCACACUCACAUUCACACCUACGGGCAAUUUAGAGUAAUCAAUUAACCUCAGCAUAUUUUUGGAUUGUGGGAGGAAGCCAGAGUGCCCGGAGAAAACCCACGCAUGCACAGGGAGAACAUGCAAACUCCAUGCAGAUUUUAUGCAAAUAUGCACAUUUUUUGCAUAUUUCUUAACUGAUAAUCAGAAGCUUUAUCUAUCAUCAAUCGAUAGAUAAUGAACUCAUCAUUCUGUGUGCUUUAAACAUGAAUAUUUGUAAUUCAGACAGCAUAAACAACAGCAUACUUUUAAAUGAGAAAGUAGGUUGAAGGUCAUUAAGCGUCACAUAACUCUUGGUCAUGGUGCCCCUUUUCUAGCUAAACUCCCACAAUGCUCUCUGCUUGUCAACAUUGAAUUUCCUGUAGCCUGAGUAACCAACUCCAGUUAAAUAUGUCACUGAAUUGUAGAAAUACUGACCUGUUAGAUCACAACACUUUUAUGUAAACUCUGGUUGGAGGUCAUUAAACGAUUUAUUCAGAGAUACUUUACUGUGUAAAUGUUUUAGGCCACAGUGGCCAUGACUUUUGCUCAGAACACAAUAAUUCAGGGCUGCCAACUAGACCUUAGAGUGAGAUUUGGUUUGUGCGGGAUGCUGGUGGGGGACUGGGGGCCCUCCCCCCGAAAAUUUUGAAAAUUAUUGAUCCUAUUUCCUGCAUUCUGGUGUAUUUUAAGAGCAUUUUGCCCUUUUAAAAUCUUAUUAUAGGAUAACAUUAAGGGAUAAUAUAAAAACAUUGAGCUUAAAAAAAAAUAGAGCAAGGGCAGACAGUAUUGAAAAUGGUUCUUCAUGUAAAAUAUGGAUGAAAGUUCUGUGGCUGGAUGAGCACAGUACAUUUCAGUAUUUUCCAUAAAUAUCUGCAUAACUGAAAUAACUCCAGCAACCACUUUGCAGCAUUUGUCUUGGAGGAUUUUAAUGCACACACUCAACAGCUUCUAGUUGACCGCAUCAGCCAACUAAACAAUGAAAAGUGCUGAAGCAAAAACAGAACACAUCUUCAUAACUUAAAUUAUCCAUUCACUGAACAGAAUUACAAUCAGACACUAAACUCUCUAUUAAAUGUCAAAACUAGUGAUGUUAUGAGAUGUGCCGAGGCUUCGAAGCGUGUGUCGAGUAAUGGAGGGGGCGUUUCCACGAAGCGCGUAUCGAGGCUUGCUUCAUUUAGGGGAGAAGCCAAAAAUGAUGACGUCCGAAGCCUCGUUGCCUGGCUGAACCACGUGACUGCUUCGGAAAGUGGUUCAGAUUUUGCCGCGAGGUCUGACAGCAAAAUAAACCCCUCAGGCUCUGUUCAAAAUGUGGGUUUUGAUAGAGAGUUGUGGUCAGUCGAGAGUUUGGAUAGUUUGGAUAGAGUUUUAAUAGUCUGAAUACUAGAGUUUGGAUAGUGUUUAUAUAGUUUGGAGAGUUAAGAGAGAGAGAGAGAUAGUUUGGAGAUUUAGGAGAGUGAGGAGAGAAAGAUAGGUGAUAGGAAGGAGCCAACCAGAAAGUGGAAAAUUUGCUGUCUGGGAACAUUUUGAUUUUUUAACUCCUAAUAAGGUAAGCUAAAUGGGUUUUCUCCAGGCACUCCGGCUUCCUCCCACAGUCCAAAAACAUGCUGAGGUUAAUUGGUUAUUCUAAAUUGUCCAUAGGUGUGAAUGUGAGUGUGAUUGUUUGUCUGUAUAUGUAGCCCUGCGACAGACUGGUGACCUGUCCAGGGUGUCCCCUGCCUUCACCCGAGUCAGCUGGGAUAGGCUCCAGCACCCCCCAUGACCCUAGUGAGGAUAAAGCGAUGUAUAGAGAAUGGAUGGAUAAACAUUAGGUUUGCUUAUCAAGAACUGUAUUUUUCACAGUUUCUUAUUUUAUUCAAAGGUGAGGUGUUUAUUGUGUGUCAAAAAAGGAGUCGUUUAAAACCAGAAACCGUUGAAAACAUGUUACUUCUGAAUAAAAUGAAUAAAAUCUCCCCUUUCCUGUA